AAGUCGGUGGUGCGUCUGCCGAGUAGCACUACGGGCGAGGGGGAGUACGUCAGCCGCAGUUCGCGAGAUAACAACGUUCGCGGUAGAAUCCCAUUCCCAUCAAAUAUGGAAAACGUUGGCUGGUGGAGAAGGAUCCUGUCGUGGUUCGCCCCUGUGCCGCCCGCCCCGUCGGGCGAGGCGCUGCUGAACGCCGCCGAGGAGGGCAACGUGCGUCUGGUGAAAGCCCUGCUGGCCGCGGGCACUCCGCCCGACGAGGUCCGCAACCGCCACCACGAGACGCCGCUGUGGCUGGCGGCGCACCACGGCCACAUCAAGGUGGCGAAGGCGCUGCUCAAGGCGGGCGCCGAUCCCAUAGCCGACGACGGCACGGGGAUUACCCCCAUCAUUCGGGCGGCAGCCGGGGGACACCACGCCAUCAUUACCCUCAUGGCGAAAUUUCGACCUGAGGUGUUCCAGUCUGAGUCGGCGGAGGUCGCCCUGCGGCGCGCGGCGCUGGCCUCUCAGGUGCUGGCUCUGCGCGCGCUCCUCAAGGCCGGUACCCCGGUGGACGCCCGGCCGCACGGCGGCGACACGGCGCUCUUCGCCACAGCGGACUCCGUGGACCCCUCCUGCAUGAGGGAGCUGCUCAAGGCCGGCGCCAGCCCGCACGAGGUGAACGAUCGGGGUCGGACUCCGCUCCACCUGGCGGCCCUCGCCGGGAACAUGAGGGCCAUCGCCAUGCUGCUGGCGAAGUCGGCCGACGUGGACGCUCUGGACCACGACGGGCGCGCGCCCGUCGACCUCGCCUCGGACAGGUCCGUGCGCCGCCUGCUGCUGGGCAAGUCGCCCGACAGCCGCUCGACCACGGACGACUCGGGCCCGCCCUCCUACGAGGAGCGCUCCGCCGACAUGAUCCCGCUCGCCCUGCUCGGGCCCGGGGCGGUCGAGUGAGGCGCCGCGUCCCUUUCAGACCUAUCCCGCACAGUCUUGGAGGUCAGGAUUUCUCGUUUUGUUCGGCUCUUUGGGCACCGAUUGUGUAACUCGUAACGGAUUUAGUUUGCAUUUCGUAAAAAUGCGGUGUUCACUUUGAGUCAAAAUAACUGCUGCAUUUCUCAAGAUUCUUAGGCAAAGGAAUUUAGUGUCGAUCUGAAAGGGAUAACGCUGCCUCGCGACAGUUGCAACUCUGACGCAUUGAUCCCAUGGCGCAAAGGGUGAUGGCGUAGACUUGCAACCGGCUCAACAAACAAUAUGACGUACCUUGACAAAGUGCUUAGUUCGAAUGCUUGAAACCACAAUGUACUGAAACUUGUAAAUUUUGAGUCGAUUUCUCCCCGGAUUAUAAAGAUCUUAUAUGAAGUGCGAGUUUUAAAAUUGAAAAGUUGUAUAUUGAAUUUGCAAAUUGUUUAUCAUUUGAAUAGUUUCUUUCCAAUUUUGUACCGAAAUAAAUUUUGUCACAGUUUUAAAUGUUAUACCUGGAAU